AUGUCAAAUAAAGAAGUUGAUCUACCAUUUGUAUAUAAAUUUAUUGCUGGUGCAGUAGCCGGUAUUUCAGAAAUUCUAGUGAUGUAUCCAUUAGAUGUGGUUAAAACUAGAAUGCAAUUACAAGUGAAUAAGCCUUCAGCUACGGGGACUACAGCUGUGGUUCAAUACAAUGGUGUAGUAGAUUGUAUAUCAAAAAUUGUUAAAAAUGAAGGUUUUAGCAGAUUAUAUAAAGGUAUUUCAUCGCCAAUAUUGAUGGAGGCUCCAAAAAGAGCUACAAAAUUUGCAUGUAAUGAUUUCUUUUCUAGUUAUUAUAUGAAACAAUUUCAAGAAAAGAAAUUGACUCAGAACUUGUCUAUAUUAAGUGGUGCCUCUGCAGGUUUGGUUGAAUCAUUCGUUGUUGUGCCAUUUGAAUUGGUCAAAAUCAGAUUACAAGAUGUGAACUCUUCUUAUAAGGGACCAAUUGAUGUUGUUGCUAAGAUCAUUAGAAAUGAAGGUCUUUUUGCAAUGUACAAUGGAUUGGAGGCAACGAUGUGGAGACACGGUGUUUGGAAUGCUGGUUAUUUUGGUGUUAUCUUCCAAGUUAGAAAUCUAUUACCAAAACCUAAGAGUAAAAACCAAUCAAUUAGAAAUGAUUUAAUUGCUGGUACAAUUGGUGGUACUGUUGGUUCAUUGUUAAACACUCCAUUUGAUGUUGUUAAAUCUAGAAUUCAAAACACAAAAGUUACUGAUACAGUAAAGAAAUAUAACUGGUCAUUGCCUUCUAUUUUAACAAUUUACAAAGAAGAAGGGUUUAGAGCGUUAUAUAAGGGGUUUGUGCCAAAGGUAUUGAGAUUGGGACCUGGCGGUGGUAUAUUGUUAGUGGUAUUCACUGGUGUGAUGGAUUUCUUCAAGAAAAUGCAUCAAUAA